UAUAUAUUUAUUACUCCCAAAGUAGUAUUAUUAUAGUUUUUACUAUCCUAUAUUAAACUUGCUAGCACAAGUUUAAUCUUGGACUCCGGAGCAAGUUCGUGUGGAUACGUUGGAGGCUUCAUACGUUUGGCGCUACGUUCAUCUCCUCAAAACCAUCCCCGACCGUUCCUUCGUUCUCCGUUUUCACCGUUAAGGUUCACAAGAAUAAGCUCACAAUGACCAUUGGGAAAUAAAAACUGGGAUACGGGGUCCUGACAGAGGCUGCGACGCCGAUGGGGAAUUGCUGCUCCGACGGGUCCGACAGUCAGGCGGCCGUGGGCGGCAUCAGGAGUUCCGCAAACAAUCUGGCUGAUGAUGCCAAUAACUCCGUGGAUGCCUUUCUCAAGUCUCGACGCUAUUACUGGCUCCACUCUCAGAUCGAGUUAUCUCUAUCUGCCUCAAACUUACAUGAUCGUGAUGCGCUUUCUAAGCGUGAUCCUAUGGCAGUUUUGUAUUCCAAAGGAAAGGAUGGCUCACUCCAAGAGCUAGGUCGAACAGAAGUGGUUCUAAAUUCAGUUAACCCUCGAUGGAUUGCUAAAUUUAAAAUAACCUAUCAAUUUGAGAUGGUGCAGAAUUUGAUGUUUCAUGUUUAUGAUGUUGACACACAUUUGCAUACUCAAGAUACGAAGAUGUUGAGAUUGGACGAGCACGAUUUUCUUGGUGAGGCUAACUGCACAUUGUCCGAGAUUGUAACAAAGCCAAACAGGUGCAUGACUUUAGAUCUUUCACAUGAAGAUCAAUCUUCUGUUUCAGUACAUAGCAAAGAGCUUGGCAAGAUGACUGUGUGUGCAGAAGAAAGUUUCAUCUCAAAGACUACAAUAGAGUCUAUAUUUCGCUGUACAGAUUUGCAAUCUAAGGAAUCAUUCUCAAAAAUUGACCCCUUUUUGCUGAUCUCCAGAAUUGUUGAAAGUGGAAAUGUUAUUCCCAUUUUCAAAACAGAUGUGUUGAAAAAUGACCAUAAUCCAAUUUGGAAGCCUGUUUACUUGAGUAUGCAACAAGUUGGAAGUAAGGAGAUCCCAUUGAUGGUUGAAUGUUUCAACUUCAAUAGCAAUGGAAAACACGAUUUGCUUGGAAAGGUUCAGAAAUCACUUGCAGAUUUAGAAAAAUUACAUGUUUCUGGAUCCGGGAUAAAUUUUUUUGUACAAACUGGUAUUGGGCCACCUCAUCAAACAAAGGUUUUAAAGAGUCAAAUGUUUGUUGAAAAGUUCACUGAGAAAAUCCAGCAUACAUUCCUUGAUUACUUGGCUUCAGGUUAUGAGCUUAACUUCAUGGUGGCUGUUGAUUUUACUGCUUCAAAUGGAAAUCCACGCCUACCUGAUUCAUUGCACUAUAUCGAUUCUUCUGGCCGCCCAAAUGCAUAUCAAAGAUCCAUUACCGAAGUUGGGGGAAUACUGCAAUGUUAUGAUGCUGACAAGCACUUUCCAGCAUGGGGGUUUGGAGCCAGGCCAAUUGAUGGCCCAGUUUCACAUUGUUUUAAUUUGAAUGGAAGCAACAGUUGCUGCGAGGUUGAAGGAAUCCAUGGAAUAAUGAUGGCAUAUAGAAGUGCCCUUUUCAAUGUGUCACUUGCUGGACCAACUUUAUUUGGACCAGUAAUAAAUGCUGGAGCACAAAUAGCCAGACAAUCUGCAGCAAGAAAAGAGCGCAAAUACUUUGUGUUGUUAAUUAUCACAGAUGGAGUUAUAACAGAUCAAGAAGAAACAAAGGAUGCUAUUGUUGAGGCUUCAGAUUUGCCAUUGUCAAUUCUAAUAGUUGGGGUUGGAGGGGCUGACUUCAAGGAAAUGGAGAUUUUAGAUGCUGAUAAAGGGGAUAGACUUGCAAACUCUCAAGGCAAGGUUGCUUCCCGCGAUAUAGUCCAAUUUGUCCCAUUGCGAGAAGUGCAAAGUGGGGAGAUUCUUGUUGCUCAGUCACUUUUAGCACAACUGCCUUCUCAGUUUUUGGCAUAUUGGCGAGCUCAUCCAUCUACAUAAUCAACCUACACACAUAGACGGUAUCGAAAAAUGAAUCUCAUUGAUACUUCAAUGUUGGUUUGCACCCUCCUUGGAUCCUGUAGGAGUGUAGGUAGACGUGUCCUUCCAAUUAAUGCCUCGUUCAAAUUCAGAGCAAGUGUUUGCUUAUUUUCGUCUUUUAUUACUCAAAAUGUCAAUUUUAUUCAUAACCCUUUUAGGUAAGCACGUGCUGAAUUCGCGGUGAUUAUCGCAGUAUACUUUUUUCAAGACACUACUACUAUACUGGCGGAGGAUUCAAGAACACACUUAGUUUCGUUUCU